AUGGUCUCAGUGACCACCGCGCCGCUCGCGGCGCGCCACGCGUACCUGCCCCAAGAGGAGGCGAGGGGCAAGGGGCGGCGGAUAGCCGACCGCUCGGGCGCCGCCGACGCCGCCGCGGCGUCGCUGCCAGAGAUACUUCCGGGCCUCAGGGACGCGUUCCUAGCCAGCACCGCCGCCGGCGCUGGCGGCGGCGGCGGCUACGCGGCGUGGCUGUCUCAGGAGCUCGCGCGGCGGCGGCUCUUUGAGGGCGAUGGGCUGGCGCCGGCGGCGGCGGUGCGGAUGCAUUCGUUCUCUGUGCAGCGGUACUCUUCGGGGUCGCUGCAGUGA